UCGUAUUUAAGAGGAAGCGCCCGGCGGGGGUGGCAUUUUGAGUUUGACUUUGCUCGAGUCGCAAUGUCUCGCUCAGUGGCUGUGGCCUUCCUCGCGCUACUCACUCUGACCAGCCUGGACGCGGUCCCGCGUUCUCCGAAAGUCCAAGUGUAUACGCGGCACCCAGCAGAAAAUGGAAAACCAAACUUUCUGAAUUGCUACGUAUCUGGGUUUCAUCCACCCCAGAUUCAAAUAGAUCUAUUGAAGAAUGGACAGAAAAUAGAAAAAGUAGAGCAAUCAGACCUGUCUUUCAGCAAAGACUGGUCCUUCUAUCUUUUGGUCCACACGGAAUUCACCCCCAAUGAUAAAGAUGAAUAUGCCUGCAGAGUUACACAUGAAACUCUGAAGGAGCCCAAGAUAGUCAAGUGGGAUCGAGACAACUAACCACAUCAUGGGACUAACCAGCAUCAUGGAGGGUUGAAGAUGCUUUAUUUGGACUGGACUAAUUUCUAAUUGUUUUCUCUUUUUCAAAAUGAUAUGCUUGUAUACUUUAUGCACUUAGGAAGUUACAAUAAUGUAAAUCAUAUACUUUGGGCACUAUCUGCAUGUUUUUUUCCCUGGUGUCUAGAAAAAAUUUCAGAAAUUGUAGACGAACACUUGGGACAUACAUAUCUUAAAAGAAAUAAUAAAGUAUCUAUGAGUAUUGAAUUGGAAACCUUAUGUAUAGAAGCUAUUUUGAUAUUUUGGAGUGCCAAAAAAAGGGUCAAUAGAAAAAAACAAACUAGUAAAUAUAAUUAAAAGUAAGAGUUGAUCAUCAAGUCCUAAUCCCGUAGUAAACUCUAUACAUCUCUCAUUAGCUGGAUGUAGUUAUUCACCUUUCCUCCUCCACAAUAUAGAUGAUUAAAAAGACCUAAGAAACUGAGGUGAUAGUUAUAUCUUGUUGGUAAGCACACAGGCACAAUUGAAGCGUGCACAUCACUGUGGUAGGCUUCAUUCAUGGACUACUUCCUCUUUUUAUUGUUUUCACUCUAGAAAAAAACAAAAGACAUGCCACACAAUGCCAUAGUGUUAUUCGAAGUGGUUUUCUAGGUAUCCUUACCUAUCUGCAAGUAUCCAGGACAUUUUCAUGAUCCAAAGAGUGAGUGAGUGUCUUAGGUCAAAUUCUUCCAGAAGCAGGACCUGAGCCACAGACCUGGAUGCCAGUGACUUAAUAAGAAGGGCUUUUAUGGGAGAAGAAAAACAAUAAUGUAGUGGAUGAUGAAGGACAGGGAAUGGGAAGAAGCCGAGUGAGGGUAUGAUAUCAGAAGUUCCUACACAGUCUUUUCCCACAGGGACCUCUAUAACAACAUACCUUAGUGUUUGUCCUGCCUCAAAGCAAAGGAUCUUGCUUUUGGUAAUUCACAACAGUCUAUCUUUGGCUAUUUAAGGCUGUGGUUUUCUUACCUGUAAAUAAAAAUAAAGGAUUCUUACUGGU